AUGCCUUGCACAAAGGGCCCUCCCGUUCUUGCAGAAGCCGUGCUGAAGUCUUCCACCCUUGCUCACACGGAUCGUGCUCUUCCUGCAGCAGCCUUUCGACCUCCAGAAGGGCAGCCAGACUCCCGCUUGCACAGAACUCUUCGGCAGAGAAGAACAGACUUGCGCCAGUCCGAAGUCGGCUGCUUUUACCGGCCGACCCGCAAGAACCCAGGAGUCCGCGAUUUCACACGAGCCGCAAACAAAACUCUCCUGCUCUUCGCCUUGAGCGACUCUCCUGUUUACUUCGUUACCAAGAGCGACGGCUUCCUUAGCAACCAGCAUCCAAGAUGGCGCCACCGACACUUUGACCAUUUCCAAGAUGGAGCGUCUCCCUCAGGGAGCACCAUUCAAAAUGGCUGCGCCCAUGGAGGCUUCCAAAGAUGGCGGCUCCCAUCCCGAAUUUUUCCGUACCAGCCGAGCGAACGCAAUCGCGUGGUCCUUCCGUGUCUUAUUAUCGUCAAAAUGGCAGCUUGCGUGACCCAAAGGCUAAGACCCCAUCUGGCAAAACUUACUUUCGUGUCUCGAAAUCUUCACUGCAGCACUGUGGACCAAUCCUGUGGCCCAUGGAGAGUGAAGCAUGGUUUACCUGUAAAUCCUUCAAUGCACGGGCCUUUAACAGACCUCCCUGACUGGACAUUUGCUGAUGGACGGCCUGCUCCACCCAUGAAACGUCAACUCCUUCGGAAGGAAAAAAACAAGGAGCUUGCUCGCCGUGUAGUCAUGCUCUCCAAGGAAAUAGAUCAUGGAAUCGAGAAAUGGGAAGCCCGUCAGAGGGAGAAAAAGCAGGAAGAAGAAGCAAAGCAGCUCAACAAACUCCAGCCGAAAGGUGGCUUUCUCCCACGUACCCCAAAAUAAAUAUUCUGCUUUUCCCUUC